AUGGCUAUGACUCGUCUCCUCUCUCAAACCCUAAUCCACCCCGCCAAAUCCUCAGCUGCCCCUCUUUCCCCCAUAAUCCUUACCCACCGAUACAGGUCCGGCAAGGCUCAAAAUGCCCAAAUCAUUGAAGUCGACUUGGACGGUUCCUCUUCCUCCUCUUCGGCCGCUUCCUCGGAUGUGGAGAAGAUCAGCGGUGGGAUGCGGAAGCUUGAGGAGGUCAUACAGAAUAUUAUAGUGCGCCGUUCGGCACCGGAUUGGCUUCCUUUCCGGCCCGGAUCUUCUUAUUGGGUCCCGCCUCCGUCUCAGAAUAUCAGGAAUAGUCCUUUUGUCGGUGUCGCUGAGGUUCUCGGAAGAUUAUCCGACGCUGCCCGGGUGAAUGCUGGGGAGGUUCAGAGCCACAGUAGGAGCCUGGCCUUUGGUGGGUCGUCUUCAAUAUCUGAAUUGCUGUCCCCAGAUGAAGCUAUGUCGAUUGCGUCUUCCCGUAGCUGGCCCUCCUCUUCGUAUUUUAUUGAAGGUAUUGCACCAUCUUUUCCAGUUAUGGAGGCUGAAGUGGAAGUAGAACUAAAAAUUCUGGACAACACAAAGGGUGUGUCUUCCGAUGAGGAUGAGCAAGGAUGA